AUGAGCGCAUCCAGCGCUUCCUCGACCUCGGCGUUUGGCUCGACGUCCGGCUCAAGCGCCAGCGAGUCAAUUCGCUCCUCCAGCAGCACCAGCAGUGAAGGUCGAAAGAGAAGCUCCUCCAAGUCUUACUCGCAAGAGGCUAGCAGUGCAGCAGCAAAUCCAUUCGCUACGAGCAGCAUCUCGCUCGGUGGACCUAUGGCAGAUGUGACAGAAUCGGACUCCUCAUCUGCCAGCUCCAGCUCUGGACCUCGGGCGCCCGCGGCGACAAGGAGGUGGAGAGACAGAUGGAUGGGCGUGCAUGAGAAGGAUGCCCAAAGCCCAUCGGAACAGUGGGGAGCGCUGGGUGGAAGCUUCUCGCACAGCCCGACCACGCAAAUAGAAAGCAGAGCGCAAGCAUUCGUGCUCCAAAGAACAUCUGCUGUACCUCUCACAGCACACUCAGAUGAGUCGGGGACGACGUUCGCCCCUGCGACAGAGAGCGCCGGUAGCUCGAGCAGAGCGCGGUCUAGCCUCACACCUCUGACUCCCGCCGAGGCUGCAGAGCUCGAAAGGUUACACCUUCCGAACAGCUACUCUUCCCACCUACUCUCGACUUCACAUUCCCGAGGAACUCAACCAUCAUCAGAUCUCUCCUCGAGGCGACCAGAGCAUAGCUCGCUGCGAUCAUGGUUCGGCAGGCGAUCAGACAGACAAGAAUCCAUCAUAGACGCUGCCAAGUCAAAUGCUGCGCUUCAAGAAGCCAAAGUUGCGGAUGGGACGCAGGAGCAAGAGGAGGAGAGCGCUGUAAGCUCGGCUUUCUUGAUCAGUUACUUCCUGGCUGGUGGAGCCGCUGGAGCCACGAGCAGGACUGUUGUUAGUCCGCUGGAGAGACUCAAGAUCAUCAUGUGAGUACUCAAGCAGGCCACUGGCGGGACUGUCAGGGGUCCGUUAUGCUAUGGUGUUCGGGCGCGAUUAUCUGAAGCAACUCACCCUGACGCGGUGAACGCACUGGCCUCCUCCGGUUACAACAGGCAAGUUCAGCCCCACCAAGUAGGGGGCUCGGCGAAAGGAGCGGGAAAGGGUGCCUACUCUGGCGUAUGGGUCGGACUCAAGAAGAUGUGGGUAGAGGAAGGCUUCAAAGGCUUUAUGCGAGGGAACGGCAUCAACUGUCUUCGGAUUGCUCCGUAUUCUGCUGUUCAAUUCAGCACUUACGAAGUGCUAAAGAAUGUGAGUUGUAUGUCAGUCUUGGCAGCUGCUAUGCUUUGUUGCAGUGUGUUGAUGCGCUUCUCGACGCUAUGGUCAUUUUGCAGGCAAUGCGGGAUGCUGAGGGCGAAUUAGAUGUGCCAAAACGUUUGACAGCCGGUGCUCUUGCAGGUAUAGCAUCGGUCGUGUCCACCUAUCCUCUGGAUCUCGUGCGCUCUCGGAUCAGCAUUGCUUCCGCUUCGCUGUACAGCGAGGCCAAGCAGGACGCAGCGGCCAGCAAGACUGCUGGUGGUGCACAAUCCGUCGCGUCUACAGCUGCAGAGGGCGUUGCGAAGCAGGAGAAACCUUCAAAGCCUCUCAGCCGGGCAGAAUUACGCAAGCUGAUAGAAGCGAGACAAAAGAGGGUGCCGGGCAUUUGGGGAAUGACUCGCAAAGUCUACGCCGAAGAAGGAGGUAUACGGGCUUUGUACAGAGGUUGCGUGCCCACGAGCGUUGUGAGUGAGCUCAGCCGACCCUUGCAACCUAGCCCAUGCUGAUGAUCUCCGUUUGCAAUGACUUGACCCGCAUCGUGCUCAGGGAGUCGCUCCGUAUGUAGCGAUCAACUUUUUCGCGUUCGAAUCGCUCAAGGCGUGGAAUUUCGGUCGACCGUCGGGUCCGUCGGACGAAGUAUCGACGUUGAGCAAUUUAAUCUGCGGAGCCUUGGCUGGAACCAUCAGCCAGACCCUGACCUAUCCGCUAGACGUGCUUAGGAGGAGAAUGCAGGUGGCAGGAAUGAAAGAUAGCAAGCUAGGCUACUCGGACAAGAACAGCUGGGCCGCGAUUCGCACCAUCCUUGUCAACGAUGGCUUCUUUGGACUCUAUCGAGGUGAGCUUGAAGGCUCCAUGCGGUAGUGAGACCCAGGCUAGGCAUUUAGCAUGUUGGCUCACCAGCGCGAUAACAAUUGCUGCCGCAGGCAUCAUACCUAACCUACUCAAGGUGGCGCCUAGCAUAGCUACGAGCUUUGCGACAUAUCAAUGGGUCAAAGAGCUCGUCCAUCAUCAACUUCACCCAGAUUCUCAUCCUCACCAUCAUUGA